CCGGGCUGCGCGACCAUUCCUGACAGAGAGCCAGAGUAGCAGUAACAGGGAGAGCAACAGAGAGGCAGGAAGCCAAGUGCCGGGACCAAGACAGAAGAGUUUGACAUACAUCUGGGAGGAGGAGGAGGAGGAGGAGGAGGAGGAGGAGGGAGAUGGAGGGUGCAGGGAGGCGAUCAAGAGCGUGAAGAAGAAAACAGAGGAAGUUGGAGAGUGUAAAGGAUGCACGGAGCAAGGAGCAGGAGCUGCUGAGCGUGCAGCAGCAUCGGCCCGGGCGCACUUGCUCACACACACACACACACACACACACAGAGCUCCCGAGGAAGGACAGAUCAUUGGGCCCCCGGUGGAGGAUGAAGAAGCACUCAGCCCGAGUGGCUCCUCUCAGCUCGUACAGCACUCAGGUCCUUACCUGCCCCGUCUCUGAAGGAGAAGAUGGUUCAGAGUCCAACGCAGAGACACCGGGCAGCGAGACCAGCGACGAGAGCCGGUCCUUUCAAACAUGUACCAACACAGCUCUGAAGGUGCUGGGCGGUCUUCUGCUGGUGCUGUGUGUCUCCUCCUCCUGGGUGGGUACCACUCAGGUGGUUAAACUGACCUUCCAGUCUUUCUCCUGUCCCUUCUUCAUCUCCUGGUUCAGCAGCAACUGGAACAUAUUCUUCUUCCCCAUCUAUUACUCCGGACUUGUGGUUACCACGCGUGAGAAGCAGACGCCCAUACAGAAAUUCAGGGAGUGCAGCAGGCUCUUUGGGGAGGAUGGGAUGACUCUCAAGCUUUUCGUAAAGAGAACAGCCCCUUUCUCCAUCCUGUGGACUCUGACCAACUACCUGUACCUCAUGGCCUUGAAGAAACUCACCGCCACCGAUGUCUCCGCCCUCUACUGCUGCCACAAGGCCUUCGUCUUUCUCCUGUCCUGGAUCGUUCUCAAGGACCGAUUCAUGGGAGUUCGGAUCGUGGCGGCCAUCAUGGCCAUCACAGGUAUUGUGAUGAUGGCGUACGCGGACGGUUUCCACGGGGAUUCCUUCGUGGGCGUAGCAUUGGCUGUGGGCUCCGCCAGCACGUCAGCUCUCUACAAGGUGCUGUUCAAGAUGUUCCUGGGCAGUGCCAACAUUGGAGAAGUGGCUCACUUCCUUUCCACCAUGGGCUUCUUCAAUCUCAUCUUCAUCUCCUGCGUGCCCCUCAUCCUCUACUUCACCAAAGUAGAGCACUGGGGCUCUGUGUCCUCGCUGCCCUGGGGGUACCUGUGUGGUCUGGCAGGACUGUGGCUGGUGUUCAACAUCUUGGUCCACGUUGGCGUGGUGCUGACGUACCCCAUCCUCAUCUCCAUAGGAACCCUGCUCAGUGUUCCGGGCAAUGCAGCUGUGGACGUUUUGAAACACGAGGUGAUCUUCAGCGUGGUGCGCCUGGCGGCCACCUGCAUCAUCUGCCUGGGCUUCUUGCUCCUGCUGCUCCCGGAGGAGUGGGACUCGGCCACUCUGCGCUUCCUGGCCUCCAUCGCGGACAAGAAGCCCGAGGAACACGGCGGCGAGGAGCUGACCGAGUCCAGCGUCAACACCCGGAGCCGCAGCCGGGCCAACGGCACCGUCUCCAUUCCCUUGGCGUGACGCGGGCCGAGCUGUGGCAGUAGUCUGAAAGGCCCCCGGCUGCUCACCCUCCUGCUGUUGUCCUGUCCACCCCGGGCGGGGGGGGGGGGGGGGGUGUGGAGGGACGAUCGCUCCACGUGGACCCUCUCUCUGGAGACGCGUCUCUGUCCCAGCACUUCACGGCAGGAGCGCAAAAAGGAAACCAUUCAUUGGAGUUUGCUUUUCGAAAGGGUGGAAAGUGUUAUUUACUUUCUUGUUAUACUUGCCACGCUCCGUCCUGUUCCUCGCACGUACCCACAGCACGAGCCGACCCCCCCCCCCCCCCCUGACCUGCUCCGUGGACUGUAUUCUGUGAAUAUUAAUAGUGACAGGGCCAAUUCGGCUCAAUCUCAUAUGUAUUAAUGAUAUUUGCUUGUAUCGAUAAGAGUAUUAUUUUAAGUCAUUGAUUAGCAUUAUAUUAAAGAAUGGCAAUUAUAUUAUGCGUAAUGUACAGGCUCCAUUGGUUUU